AUGUCAAAGAUACAGCUGCCUCCUCCUGAUCAAGCGUAUCUGCAGCGUUUGAACGGGGACACAGCCUGGCUUCUUUCGCUUCCGACCUACGACGACUCAGCGCAUGAGCAUUGCUCGCAAAGCGGUAUCUUUACGCUAGCCAUAGAUCCCUGGCUGCACACUGCAGGCUCCACAUCCUAUCAUCCCAAGUUCAGCAGGGAAGUGAGGGCGGUGCAGGCUGUGGUGCCGUCCAUCGAAGCGCUGGACGAGCAGAUCCACGAACUUGUCAGGCUUCGCUCGACAUCUGCAGCACGCGAUGAAGCAUCGAGCGGACUAGACGCUGUGCUCACUGCUUUCGAAUUCACCGAUCAUGCGCAUCCCGAGGUGAGCAGUAGGGAUGUUGCAGUAGUGGCGCUUCGCGCAUGCCUCGCAACUCUCUCCUGAAACAUGCCUUAUCGACGACGCGCGCACAGUCUUUAGCAAACAUACCCGCACGAGUAGCCCUUUUCGCUACGCAAAACGCUUCCAAGCACGUUCAUGAUGUGGCCUCUCGACAACCUCUUAUCAUUGCAGUCUCCUCGUGGAAUCAGCGACCAAGCUGGGAUGGCAAGGUCGAUUCGAACCUCCCGCAGAACGUUCAAUUGCUCACAAUCCCAGCUCGAGAAGGGUGGCAUCCAGCUUGGCCACGUUUGCACAAUGCGCUCCUGAUUCUGUGGAGGCAGCGUUCCACCUCUUUCAAAGACCAAGGCAGCGCGUGGAAGGAGCGAUACCUGCUUUACUCUCCUCACGGCAUCGAAGAGACUUCUGUACCUCCUUGGCUCACACGGAUCGAAUGCGCAGGAUAUCUGACAGGAUGGGAUUCUCAUCGCAUUCCUUGUGAGUAUAUGCGUCGGGAAUGCCCAUCAUGCAUGUACCCAGCAGCCAGCUGAUCAGAUUGCAAGCCAAAAAAAACAACUCAAUCUCAACGUUUCGUUGGGCCAAAAUCGAAGUGAUUUUGGGCGACAAGGUGCAACUGGGUCUAGAGCCGGCUCUUAGGAUCAUCAGUAAGACGCGAGCCUCACGUCUGAUCAAUACGCACGACGAGCCCAAACACGCCCAAGGUCUCAUCUCGUACCUGUCCAGGAUCCAGCCUUUGGGCGGUCUGUCGGUGGAUGAGGCAUUGCGCAUCAAGCGUGGAGAUCCAGACGAUCAGAGACAAGAGGCAGCCCAAAUCAUCUUGCGCCAUCAUCUUGAGCAGAAAGGUUCUACACAGGAGGGCGAUAAAACUUGGCACCCUGUCGCCUUGGCUUUGGCCGCUGGAGCAAUCAUUGAACUCGAUUAA